AUGCAAUCCGGCUACAAGAUUGGUCCAUCUUUCCUCAACAGCAAUGCCAACUUACGGGCAGAGUGCCUCUGGGUGCUGGACUCUAGGGCUGAUUAUCUGCACCUGGAUGUAAUGGACAGGCAUUUUGCUCCCAACAUCACCUUUGGUCACCCUGUGGUAGAAAGCCUCCAAAAGCAGCUAGGCCAGGGCCCUUUGUAUGACAUACACAUGAUGGUGUCCAGGCCAGAACAAUGGGUAAAGCCAAUGGCUGUAGCAGGAGCCAACCAAUAUACCUUUCAUCCUGAGGCUACUGAGAACCCAGGAGCUUUGAUCAAAGACAUUCAGGAAAAUGGGAUGAAGGUUGGCCUGGCCAUCAAACCAGGAACUACAGUUGAGUAUUUGGCACCAUGGGCUAAUCGGAUAGACACGGCCUUGGUUAUGACAGUGCAACCUGGAUUUGGAGGGAAGAAAUUCAUGGAAGAUAUGAUGCCAAAGUCAGGAGCUAUCAUGGCUGUGUCUGCAGUGCCAUUAUGA